AUGAGGGCCUUCACGUGGAGGGGAAGAAGUGAGACUGUGUCAACCGCUGACCAGAAGUCCGACCUUCCAUCCCGCAACCACUACAAGGCAAUCCGACCUCUGCUCCAAUCUCCAGCUUUCAUCGCCUCCCAUGAAAAGUCCGACAUACGGUUAUAUGACACAGUCCCGCAGCCGGAGCCUGUUGUUUUCAGUGAUAGCGAUGUUUUCAGAACCCAUAUCUCAUCGACACCAAAGCCGCAGACCCGCAUAGUUUCAAUAUGUUGCAGGAGCUCGCUAGAUCCACUCUCGAUCACAGAAUCAGCAAUGCGAAAACUGACGGACACUUACGACAUUGACGACUCCUUUAUCGAUCAUGCCCUCUUGUUCGGGGACAAGCCACGCACCUCAGAUUCAGGGCAUGGAGGAAUGACAAUACGCGAACGAGAAGAUGGGGCCUUUGACAUGCACUACAGGUUCACCUAUAGCGAAGGUUAUCAAGUCCGACUUGAGGGACCAACUAAAUUCACAUACCGGCAAGUCUGUGUCUUCCAUAGGUAUAAUCCAUUAGGGACUGGCAACCUUUGGAUUUUCCUCCAUGCCCGCCCCUAUUCAGAGCUACAGACAAGAUUAGAGAGGGAAAUCGCGACUGCCCCAAGCGAUGGAGUCCCAAAUUGGUUUUCCCUUCACCUGCUUGUCUUCGCCACCUAUAUUGGAAAUUGGAGAUGGUGUUUGCGAAAUCUGGGGGAAAGAAUUGAGGAAGCAGCCGAUAUCGCCCUCACAAUGGACCUCUCCAAUCCCAAGGUAGUGAGCAACACUGAGAGUUUGAGUUUGUUGUUACAUCCACAAAAUCUCGUCAGCGCAAUUACACCAUUCUCUUGUCAAAUUGGGGUCACUUUAACCACUAUUCGCAAAAUGGCAGAAGCCAACGAUCUAUUCCUUUCUAAAGGGUUGAUCACGGACAAACAACACCAAAAGCUCGCUGAUGAAACAGCCUCCUAUAUUUCGAAUCUAGAAGGGUAUAUGAAAAGUGUUGAGACUCUGGAGAAAAAGGUGAAGGGUUAUUCGGAUCUGGUACGUUUGAUCCCCGCUAACAACGAAAAGCUGGCCACAACGCUGACUCUCAAUAACCAAGCUCGAAUGCUCCAGCUGACCGACGCAUCUGUCGAAGACAAUACCAAUGUUUUUGUGGUAACGAUGGUCACAUUGGUUUAUUUGCCCUCGAGUUUUGUCUCUGCAUUUCUGGGGAUGAAUCUCUUUGAUUUCGAUGCACCAGAGGAUAGAGAUUUUGCAGCGUCGAAGAAAUUCUGGAUUUUCUUCGCCGCGACCCUGCCGUUGACUUGCCUUACCUUAGGGUUCUGGUAUUUCCUCUCAAAGCAUCGGAAGCGGGCAAGGAUGCAGUUCAAUCAGGUUUCUUGA